AACGAAGAAUGGCGCGUAGGUAGGAUCCAGUAUUUCUAGUGGUAGCGUGCAACGACACAGGAUGUGUGCAUAACCUUGUAUGCAAACCGUGAAAAGUAACAAAACACAACGUUACGCGCCGGUUCAGCAUAUGAAUGAAAAAGAAAGAAAUGAAACAACAGUUUAAAGCGGUUGUUGAAGACGUUACUGUGCAAACGACAAAAAUUCAACCAAUACUUGUGGACUUUCAAAAUGGUGAGCUUAAAGAUGAAGAAGUUAAAAACAUGUCUUGUGGUUUAUUCCACGACCCAAGCAAAGACAAGACUAUAUUGGCGUUGUCGAACGGGCAAGUUGUUUACAAAGGUUACAAGCCAGAUCCUAAGAAAGAGCUCACACGGAAAAUGCUGGUGCUUCACAAUAAGAAGACGGGUAAAAUACGAUUGAUCGAGGCGGAACAGUGGUACGUAAGUCCGGUACUCCAGAAACCUGUUAUCGAGGAAAAUAAGAAUAACGUGGACGAUAAGAUGGCGACGUUGAACAAGCAAUUUGGAUCAAAGAAAGCCAAACGUAGAACCGAACAGUAUGAGAAGUUAAAAGUAGACGUUGAUUCCAUCAAGGAUCAGCUUGAGAAAACAGUAUCAAACAUCGAGGUUGACAGGGUAGAUUUGUCUACCAAAUUGCCCGACGAAUACAUCACAAACACGAAUCUACCGAAGUGCAAUAGGGAGGCGACUAAUGUCAAAGAUGUAUACAAUAUAUAUGAUAUCAUACCAAAAAGUAAAGUGGAAACAUUGUACGACCAUGCAGUGGAGAUUCAUAAAGGAGCUAUAGAAGGGAAACCGAAAUACUUCACGCGCGUCUUAAAGAGUAUACAAUCGGAUCCGGACAAUGUGAACAAGAUCGCUCUGUUGCUCUACAUCGAAGCGGUUAACUUGUGGUUCGCCACGCCGCUGAAAGACGCGAAGAAACGCGACGUUGUUGUAUGUCAGGCGUCCGAAGAGGUGAACGCGCACGUUCUCAACACGUACAGCGUUCUGAGUGCGAACGGACGAUCAAGGCCAAAUACCAUGAAGGACAAAGCUGCCAUACAUUGUCUGAUACUCGCGCUGACGAUAUCCAACUAUACGCUGGACUUGGAACUGUUUCGAAUUAUGCUGGGAACUCGGACGAGUUUGAAGAAACUGAUAGACCUCGCGAAGAUCAUUGGUGCGGUUCCUAACAAAGACGAUAAGAAAAUGAUUACGUUGAAGGUUCCGUUACCAGCGCCGGUGCCAGUAGUUAAAAAAGGAAGGAAAAAUCCCACAAUCAGAUCCAAUCAGUGACACCUCAUUGUGACAUUUCUUUGUCAGAGUUUCAAUCAUUAUGACCAUGAGCGUUAUGUGCGUUUUAUAUAAUUAUGAUAAGAACCAUGUUCAUUAAAAUGUGUUAAUAUUGUAAAAUAUAUAUAAUUACACUUUGCCUACAAAUGCUCUUCAACUUUGAUGGAUUCAAUGUAAUAUUUUACAUACUUUCGCAAUUUAAAAAAAAAAUCUGAUUUUUUUAAUUCUAAUUUUUAAAAGACAUAAACAAUAUCUGGUAACAAAUAUGU